AUGAAUACAAGCUACACAUACAGUAAGCUGAGGCGCGAGUACGGCCGACAGUGCUCAUUCGUGAAAUCUGGCCCGACGACAUUGGUCAAUGUGACACCAGAACCAGGCCUGGAAGAACAACUGUGGUCACUAGAAAAUCCGGUGGACAAGAGCACCAACAAAAGCAAUGAUUGGUCAGAGCACGAAGCGAACACUGUGCGCGUGGAAUAUGCUGAACGUGGGAUUUUCCAUACAGAAGGUGGUUGGCCCAAAGACAUAAAUCUAGACGACCCUGAACAAAUAGUUAGGUUCCGGAAAAAGGCGGAAAAGGAUGAAAUGUAUUUACAAGCAGUUAUGCAAAUGUCUAACCUUGCCGAACACUUCAUAAAUCAAAACAAUUCCAUAGACAUAUACCAACCGUACUUUACCGACCCGAGCUGUCAAAAUAUGCAAACAUUGACACCGUCUUUCCGGACGGUGGCGGUGAUGUCGGACCCCCGUGAACCAAUCCGACCAGUACAAAACAUAUCUUGGUCACCCGAUCAGGGCACGUUGGUCGCGGUAAGCUACGCUGAUAUGAGAUUUCAGAUGACCGACCCAGACACCAGUUCCGACUCGUUCAUAUUCGACUUGGAGGACUCCACCACUCCUUAUUUCACGAUCGAGUCGCCGCAUCCGAUCGUCACGCUAGAGUUCAACCACAGGGAUGCGCAGUGCCUGGCUGGCGGUCUGAUGAGCGGCCAGGUCGCGUUCUGGGACAUUCGCAAGAGCUCGACCAACGUGGCUAUCAGCAACAUAAGAGACGGUCACCGGGAUCCAGUCCGAAGUCUCCAUUGGAUCCAUUCAAAGACUAGCACCGAGUUCUACACCGGUUCCAGUGACGGUCAGGUCAUGUGGUGGGACGCCCGAAAACUUACUGAACCCACGGAAGUGUUGAUUUUAGAUUUAUCGAAAGGGGAAAACGUUGACGAACCGGAAUGGAUGAAAUGGACUCGGUCUCACGGAGUGUUUUGCAUGGAUUACGAUCCUUCGAUCCCCAUACGAUUUAUGAUAGGCACAGAGACUGGAUUAGUGUUCAAUGGAAAUCGUAAAGGCAAAACGGUUUUUGAGAAAAUAUCAUCUACGUACAACUGUCACUAUGGCCCAGUGUAUUCGGUGCAACGGAACCCUGCAUUUUUAAAAAACUUCAUGACCGUUGGUGAUUGGCAAGUGAGAAUAUGGUCGGAAGACGUGAAAGAAUCGCCUAUAAUGUGGACCAAACAUCAUGACGUUAAACUAACUGGCGGUGCGUGGAGCGAAUCAAAGCCAUCGGUUUUCUAUACAACCAGGGCUGAUGGUUGCAUGGACGGUUGGGACAUCUUACAGAAGCAAAAGGAUCCAAUACUCACCGUUAAGGUGGCUGACAAAGGAUUGAAUUGUAUUCGAUGUCACGAAGGUGGUGCUAUGUUGGCCGUCGGCGACGACUGUGGAAAGACCUACGUGAUAAAAAUGAACGAUUGGUUCGUCACUGCCGGAAAAAAUGAUAAAGCUUUGCUGACAGCAAUGUUUGAUCGAGAAACGAGACGAGAAAAAAUUAUAGAGGCAAAACAACGGGAAUUAAAAUUAAAGACAAAAACGUCAGCAAAAGCUGACACCACUACGACAAAAGAUAAACUCGUCCAAUUGGCUGAAGCCGAAAUCCGAAUGGUAGAAGAAGCUGAAAAAGAAUUCAUGGAACUCAUUGACAUGAUCAAGAAACAACAAUCGAAUGAAAACAACGAUAGCACACAGGAAUUAGAAAACUCAAAGGAAAAUGAAAAUAAUGAUAAUGUAUUAAUCGAUCAGAGCAUUAUUGAUCAAUAAUGACAAAUGGUUAAAAUAAUAAUUAAUGUAUUCGGGUGGAACAAUAACUGAUGUUCUUCAUCAAUCAUAAUGUAAAACGUUCUAUAAACCCAGAAAUGAUUUAUUAAAACAUCAACAUAAAUUAUACUAAAUAUACUUAUAAUAAUCAUUAUAUUUA